UAGAGCUUCCUUCCAGCCUUGGGGCGGGAAAACUGUUGCACCUGAGGCUGCCCUGGGUCUGGAGGGGCGGAGGGAGCCGAGGCGGCUGAGACGGCUGGGACAGCUGGGGCAGGAAUUGAUUCCUACCCUACAAACAUUUGGGCUGCUUAGGCUCUGAGCUGAGGUUAGGCUGGGGCUGCGAAGACAAAACAGCUCUUGCCCCGGAGGAGCCGGAGGUAGAAAUAACACUUAGAUGAGUAAAUGCACGGUAAAGGGAGGAGGAGGAGGGAGCACCCACCACCGGGAGGGAUCCGAAAAAGCUUCAAGCGGAGGGGACACCUGAGCCGAGCCGAAGGAAGAAGCGAGGAGUUGUGAGAGUCGGGGCUGUAAGCAUUUCCUCAUUGGUUGCCAAGAGAGACAACUGGUUAAUCCCAGUUUAAAUUAGAAACACCCAGUGGAAGGAACCUUAUGUGAAACGGAAAAUGCCCCUUUCUACACAAGCUGAAGAUGGGAAUGAUCAAUAUAUUUUAGUUGCCAGCCUUGACAAUGUAAGGAAUCUCUCAAACAUAUUAAAAGCUAUUCAUUUCAAAGACCAUGCAACCUGUUUUGCGACAACAAAUGGAAUCAAGGUUACAGUGGAAAAUGCAAAAUGUCUGCAAGCAAAUGCAUUCAUUCAGGCUGGAAUAUUUCAGGAGUUUGUUGUUCAAGAAGAAUCUGUAACAUUUCGAAUCAAUUUAACAGUCCUUCUAGACUGCUUGACAAUUUUUGGUUCAGCUCCUUUGCCAGGAGCUUCCACCGCACUUAGGAUGUGUUACCAAGGUUAUGGGUACCCUUUGACACUCUUCCUGGAAGAAGGAGGAGUAGUAACAGUGUGCAAAAUUAAUACCCAAGAGCCUGAAGAUACGUUGGAUUUUGAUUUCUGCAGCACAAAUGUUAUUAAUAAGAUUAUUCUUCAAUCAGAAGGCCUGCGUGAAGCAUUUGCUGAAUUAGACAUGACCAGUGAGGUCCUACAGAUUACCAUGUCACCAGAAAAACCUUAUUUCAGGUUAUCUACUUUUGGAAAUUCAGGAAGCUCACACCUUGACUAUCCCAAAGAUUCUGAUUUGAUGGAAGCAUUUCAUUGUAAUCAGACCCAAACUAACAGAUACAAGAUUUCUUUGCUGAAACCAUCUACAAAAGCUUUAGCUCUGUCUUGUAAGGUGUCUAUUCGCACUGAUAACCGGGGAUUCCUCUCUUUACAGUAUAUGAUUAAGAAUGAAGAUGGACAGAUAUGUUUUGUGGAGUAUUAUUGUUGCCCUGAUGAGGACGUUAGUGAUUCAGAGCCCUGAGGAAUAAUGUCUGGCCAUCUUCUUUCUCACACACAGGAUAGGCUGUGUUCUUAUUCUCCUUUGUCCAGUACUGCUGGUAAUUUAUUGUGGGAUUUUCCCAAGGACAAGACAAGAAUUUAGCACUGGGAAAUUGAUAACCAGUGGCAGAGCAGUGCACCUUCUAGAUACAUUAUUUUUCCACCAAGAUAUGUUUUCAAAUAGCUAUCAAUAUUCUGUUACUCUUCUGAAUGUUACCUAUUUAAGUUCAUGGGAGUAUAAAUAAUAAUAAAUUGAUGAAUAAGUUGUGAA